CCACCAGACGUUCUGUCACCUCUUUUCAAAGGACGACUAAAAGCCACAGGUCACAUGACCUGGAAGAAAAAACCCAGGAGACUUUUGGGAUCGCUCUUCGCAUGGGCUGCUUGUCAAGCUGAAGGGAAGUCAAAAGGCUGAUGAUCUGAUUCUAAGUGGAGCCGACGUCGCUCUGGUGUCCUUUAUGCUCUGSGAACUCCACACCCAGAAUAAAUCUGGUGACUGGCUGGCUGGAAACCCUCUGGACUCCUUCCUCCUGUGAGGACAUCCCAUCACAGAGCCGCUCUCACCUCCUCCCCUUCCAGCAUGGAGACGACCAAAAUCCAGCCAGGAGGAGGUCUGAAUGUCACCCUGACCAUCCGCCUCCUCAUGCAUGGAAAAGAGGUGGGAAGUAUUAUUGGUAAGAAAGGAGAAACUGUAAAAAAGAUGCGAGAAGAGAGUGGAGCACGUAUCAACAUUUCUGAAGGCAACUGUCCAGAGAGGAUUGUCACCAUCACUGGACCUACAGACACCAUAUUUAAGGCUUUUGCUAUGAUCGCCUAUAAAUUUGAGGAGGACAUAAUCAAUUCCAUGAGUAACAGCCCUGCAACCAGCAAGCCCCCUGUCACGUUAAGGCUGGUCGUCCCAGCCAGCCAGUGUGGGUCUCUCAUCGGGAAAGGAGGCUCCAAGAUCAAAGAGAUGAGAGAGUCAACAGGGGCCCAAGUUCAAGUGGCAGGGGACAUGCUUCCCAACUCCACAGAGCGCGCAGUGACAAUCUCUGGGACCCCCGAAGCCAUCAUCCAGUGUGUCAAACAAGUCUGUGUGGUCAUGCUGGAGUCCCCACCCAAAGGUGCCACGAUCCCUUACCGCCCAAAGCCCGCCUCCACCCCCGUUAUUUUUUCUGGUGGCCAGGCCUACACAAUUCAGGGACAGUAUGCCAUACCACAUCCAGAYCAGUUGACCAAGCUCCACCAGUUGGCUAUGCAGCAAACCCCCUUUACCCCCCUCGGACAGACCACCCCUGCUUUCCCUGGUUUGGACACCAGCUCACCAGCCAGCACCCAUGAACUCACCAUUCCUAACGAUCUAAUAGGCUGUAUUAUUGGGCGCCAGGGAACCAAAAUAAAUGAGAUCCGGCAGAUGUCUGGGGCGCAGAUCAAAAUUGCGAAUGCCAUGGAGGGCUCGUCUGAGCGGCAGAUCACCAUCACAGGGACCCCCGCUAACAUCAGCUUGGCUCAGUAUCUCAUCAACGCCAGGCUGACGUCUGAAGUCACUGGAAUGGGCACACUCUAGUUUCUACCCGUCGUUCCUCAGAGCAUCACAUGACACUCGAGCAAAUGACUUUAAACCUGGUUUAUAGACUCCUCUGCUGUUUAAGUGGCUUUAACUUUUAACAGCUUCCAGUGAUUAUUAUAAACACGUGUGUCUCUGCUGUUACUGGACUCCUCAGACUUGUUUGAAACGUUCUGGUUUCCUCUUUUUCUUAGUAAUGUUUCUGAAUUGUCUAGUGCCUGUCACUGCAUCUCUUAUACUGUAUUAUUUAUGACAUGUUUAAACACAUCUAGUUAUAUUUUAUUUAAAACAAAUAGUCAUUUAAAAUAAACUUUAAGACUAACACAAUUAAAUUGUGUCCGUCUUACAUACACAAUGAUUCACUUGUGAACAAAAUCACAGAUAAAGCAUUUAGACACUUGAUGCUCUGUUUUUUGGCACUAAUUUAUGAUAGAUGCAAAGAGUCAUCUACAGUGUACUUGUUUUAACUGUUUCAGUGUUGCACAUUGUGCGGCAGUAUGCAUGACUCACUCAAUUUCCAAGAUUUCUGAUUUAUUUCAAAGUCACAACAAACAAAAACAGAGUGAACUGGGAGAUUGAUCAGUUUGUUUUGUGGAUUCCUGGAUAAAAUUUCUAAAGGAUACGUCAAUAAAUGUCCACUCUCACAUGCAAGUAAGAGUUUCCUUGAUUUAUGUGUGACGUCUGACUAAAAGGUGGAAAAUGAAAGCAUGAAAAUGAAUACAGCAAAGAAUAAGCUUCACGUGCAUGCCAUUAACGAACACCAGUUUAUUCACAUGUACUUUAUAAUCAUGCAUUCAUGCUAUCCACAAUGUCAUUUUUAAUCUGUGUAAUGGACUUGGGCUUUAGGAGAAAGUCUGAAACUGAAUUAAGGAUGUUGAUGAUUGUUAAGAAGACUGAUUUUAUUUUUUGUUUCUCUUUGUUUCUUUUGGUCCUGUGUAACAAUAUAAUAAAUGUUGGUAGCAAGCCAUUGCACACAAAAUGCAGUAGAGUGUUUCUGGUUUGCAAAUAUUAAAGCUUAACAUAAAUAACACAAAAUAAAGCAAUUAUUUUUAAAUGCAUUGUUUAUAUUAAAUAUAAAUCAAUUGUUUGAAUCUCACUAAAUGCAGCCCGUCUCAGUGAUGGGGUUCCUCAGGGAUCCAUGUUGGGUCCAUUAUAGAAAUUACUUCAUUGUUUUAAUAUCCAAAUGUAUCCAUCCAUUAACAAUCCUCUGCAAAAACUGCACAAGGUCAAACUUCGUUAAACUCAAAGAAAAUAAGACAGAUGUCCUUUAUUUUGGAUAAAACUAAUUCACUCACCAGUACAGUUGGUUUUGUUCCUUUAACUUCAUGCAGUCGUGAAUCUUGGUGUCAUAUUUGUGACAGCUCCCUGAUGCUGGGAAAGCAGACAAAAGCUGUGAUAAAAUCAAUCUGUUGCUAACUCAGAUAUCAAGCCUUAUCUCCCUGUCAACAAAAGGUUACUCAUUUUUUUUAUCACAUCUUGUCUAGAUACUGUCAUCCUCUGUGGAUUUGUUAGGAUCUGCAUAUUGUGAGAUGUGGUUCAGUGCACCACUAAUUGUUUUUAGGCUGUCCUGGAAGUUUGGUAUCUUUUCAUCUGAUUAUACAUGAACCAUAUUACGUUGCGGGCAGGUGGGUGACCCAAAUGCAGACUUCUAAGCAGCAAAGCUUAAAUAAAGUCAACCGAAAAGAUAAUGGUUGAGGAAAGUAAAAUAAACUGGAGGAAAUGCAGGAAGCAGGAGCAGAAAUAUAAAAAAUGCUGGGAGGAGUGAUUACUGAAAUGGGAAGCAGGUGAGCGUAAUGAAGAGCAGCUGUAAGGUGUAGAAAAGGCAACAUAACUGAGGAACACAAUGACUCAAGGAAGCUAAAUACGCUAAAAAAAACACAAAUAAACUUAACUAAAUCAAGACAUGUCAUGCUUCCAUUUUACCUCACUCCUGCUUUUCAUUGUGAAUGUAAUUCUGUACUUAGGGCACUUUUUCACUGCAUUAAGAGGAUAAAAAGGUUAAUUACCUGAUGGGUUUUCAUCAAUCUGUUUUGGAGUGAACAGAACAUGUGUGUGUAAAAAAUUGUCAAAGAAUUUCUAGAAUGAUCAGAUCCACCAGGGAUUCCUAAAAGAAGUUAGGGUUGGAUGAAGACUGAACAACAAACGUAGACUUUACCGUGUAGUUUCAUUUUGUACCUCGCUGCUGAACUCAGCAAAGGAAGCUGUUUUUAUGUUAUUCAUCAGAUGCAUCGGGACUAGACCAAUCUAGAAAAGAACAUGAACAAUGAUGUCAGAUUAAUGUCUUCUGUUCUAUCUUUGUAAGCUGACCUCUGAAAUACAGAUUAUUAUUAUUAUUAUUAUUAUUAUUAAUUAUUAUUAUUAUUAUUAUUAUUAGACAACUGAUCUUUUUAGGGGGGUUUUUCUGCCAAGUGCAGGAAAACUGUUGUGGAGUAUUCGGUGUGUUGACUGUUGGAUGAUGACGAUUCAGUCACUUUUUAUUGUGACAGUUUUACAAACUCAUCACUGUAUUUUGUCCACACGUCUCGYUUGUUUUCAUUUUAAUUGUCAGUGCAAACUGGAAACAUUUUACCGCUUUUGUAUUUUGUUGAUAUACUUUUUUUUGUUCUUGUGCUAGAAAUGCAAAACUAAAAGUUAGCACUUGUGUAACUUUUAUUUAAAAAAACUGUUUAAGGAAAACAAAGUGUCAGAACAUUUACACGCCUAAGAUCUCUGUUGGAUUAUUAUUGUAUUAUUUUGUUCUUAUUUGUUGACGAUGACUGUAAUGUUUUGUAUAGAAGAAAUAAUAAAGUUUGUGCUUUUUU